GAAUAGUUUGUUCUUGUUAGUUUGUGCAAACAGAUUAAAUUGCUACUAUUAGUUAAUUGUUGGUGAAAUCCAAGCUGAUUGCUUGGUCCUGUUAUUCAAUUGAUUCUCAGUUUUGAAAAGUUUUACAUGUUAACCAUUUUGUAACUUUUGUUAUUUAAAUUAAAAUCAAAAUUUACCAAUUGGAAAAGACAAUUAAGAUGAUUGAAUCUAAAUCGUUGAGUUUGAUUGUGAUUCUUUUCACUAUUUCAAAUGUAUCUUGUCAAUUUUUUGACCCAAGAUUAUCAUCAUCAGGAUCAUCUUCGCCAUCUUCAUCACCUUUUGCAUUUUCACCACGAGGAUUAUUUGGCCCUCCAUCGCCAUCAUCAUCAUCUCCAUUCAGUUUUUUCCCUUCUCCAUCUUCCUCCUCAUCCUCUGAUUCUGGUUCCCAAUUUCAAACUAUCCCUUCCGGUGACCCUUCAAAUCCAAGUUUCACUCGAUUUGCCUCCUUUGAUCGACCCUUAACCUCAGUCGCACCUGAAGGCUUACCCGCCGAUGAACUUUCAGCUCUAACCCGAAGUGGUGCAUUUUCGGGCCUCACCUCAUCUGAUCCACAAUCUCCACCACGAUCAUUCAAUAAUAACAAUAAUCCAUUUGCUUUUGGGCAACAACAAUUUCCUCCAUCACCAUCAGCUGAUUCAGAAAUUCAAUUCCCAGGUAGACCACAAUUCACCAAUGAAGGACAAUCACAAUCAACACCUUUACCACCCCAACAAUCAACACCCACAUCAACUGAUGACCGGCGAUUCAAUGGUCAACCAGGAGUAGUUUAUGAACCUGAAGAGGAAAAUGCUGACCUCUCAUCGCAAGGUCAAUCACAAUUUAGAUCACAAUCAGGAUCAUCUCAGCCUUUUGUGAAUCCAGAAUUUUUCGGCUUCGGUCCAGCUCAACGUCCAUUCCAAGGUCAACAAGCUUCACGACCUCAACUGCCAAUACCUCAACCUCAAGAUCAACCUCAAUCUCCUCCUCGAGCUCAAGAGCAAUCAACUCAAUUCCAGUCCAUUCCACAGAAUCAACCACAAUUCCAACCUCAGUUUGUACCUUCAUCUCAAUCCCAACCUCAAGCACAGCCUGACGCUCAAUUCCAACCUCGACCUCAGCCACAUUUCCAAUCUCCACCUCGACUUCCCAUACCUCAACCACAAUUCGAGAAUCAACCUCAAAGCCAACCACAAUUUCAAUUUCACCCACAAUCACAAUCAUCUGGAUUAAAUCAACCAUCAAUCCAGCCACAAUCACAACCACAGUUUCAACCUUUACCCCAACCAGCAAUUCAGCCAGAAUCCAUUCAAACUCCACAGAAUCAGCCACGAUUCCAACCUCAGUUCGUACCUUCACCUCAACCCCAACCACAAGUUCAAUCUGAUUCUCAAUUCCAACCACGACCACAACCGCAACCUCAAUUCCAACAACCAUCAGGCCCUGAAUUAAGUAGACAGCCUAACCCACCCUCACAGCCCGCCCUUCAAUUCAUUUCACUACCGCCACCAACACCUCAACCUCAACCUAGACCACAACCACAGCCACAGUUCCAACCACAACCCCAACCCCAACCUCAACCUCAACCUCAACCUCAACCCAGACCACAACCACAACCACAACAACAGUUCCAACCUCAACCUUUGCCUCGAGCUCAACCUCAACCUCGACCUUUAGUCCAACCCGCGUCCAUUUCCCCUCUGAGGCAACCAUCUUUCCCAUUAGCCAAUAACAACGACCAAAACGGUUUGUUAAUCUCUUUAUAUGGCCUAGAAGCAAAUCGAUCAUCAGCUCCACAAUAUCGACAAGAACCAACCGUCCAACCUCAAUCAGCACCAUCAACACCAAACGAAAACAAUAAUAAUGUCGCUUCAAACAUAAAUUUUGAUCUUCCAUUACUACGAUCAUUUAUGCAAGCAAACAACAUCCGGGUUCACAAUCAUUCACCAAAUUAUAACCUUAGAACAGUCCAACCCACAGCAGCACCACGAACACUAUCCAGUGAAAGUUUCACAUUCCCAACAACAACUCCAGCGCCAUUAGCUCGAUCAACUGUUGCAUCUUUCAACACCUCGAAUAAUUUAAAUGUUGGCUCAAUUAGAGAUUCAUUAAUAUACUCAGAUGAGUUCACACGAAACUCCGGAUCUUCAAACGAUGAACCAAACGAUUCUCGAGUAACAUCUUCAUUCCAACCAUCAGCACCAUUAGCACCUCCACCAACAACAACACCAAGACCAACCCAAUCAUUACCAAAUUACUAUCAACCUGAAACCGUGCGAACACCAAAUGAAACACCUCGAAUGAUCGCAGUUUCAGGUCGAUACCUUGGACCUCAACUUCCACCUCGAAGAGGAUACGGUCGAGUUACAGCUCAAACUCUUCCACCAACAUUACCGACAACAACGACUACAACAUCGGCACCUUUCGAAGAACCUUACGAUUUCUCUGAACCUGAAAAUUCUAGUGAAGAAAAUCUCAAUUCCAUCCGACCAAACACUAACUUCCCUGAUCUACAACGAAUCAAGCCCGUUAAUCGUACAUCAGCAUCAUUCUCAGUAUCGGUAUCAUCAUCAUCAUCAUUAACAGCACCCUCUUCCUUAUCAUCGCCUCGACUUUCAUCAAACUUCAACAACGUGGGAAAUUAUCCGAUAACAAGUUUACCCGUUCAAACAACAACACCGAAUCCAAAUGAGUAUGUACGUAUCGCAACCUCAUCAUCAUUAUCAUCUUCGUCCUUCACAUCAGCACCCGCGGUAGUCACUGAACCACCUUACGGAACCAGUUUAAAUAGAGUCGCUGCCGCUCCUUCAGUUAGCCUGAGGCCAUCAUCAUCUUCCUUAUCAUCUUACCAAUCAAAUAGCGUUGAACCUAAUCGAGUUUUCAACAUUCAAAGCUCAGGCUAUGGAAAUGUUCAACGAGAACGUGGUGCUGGUGGAGCUAAUCAAAUAGCUCGUUCUCGAUUCACCACAGGUCGUCAGUCAUCUUUACCUCGAACAUCAUAUUCAUCUUCAGUUUCAUCAUCAUCAUCAUCUUCUUCUUCUUCUUCUUCCUCAUCUGAUUUGGCAUCAACUGCUAGUCCAAUAAUUUACCCAAUCAAUUUUUACAAACACGUCGAUGAACUAGCAACCCCGGCAUCCUCAUCAUCUGCACCUCCUGCAACCGAAUCAACUUUCCCAUUAGUUGUACCAACAACACCCGUUCCAACUACAUUUGGACCAUCAGAAAAUAAUGCGGAAGAUGAAACUCGUCCAAUAGUUUUAUCAAAUGCUCGUCAACCUUCAGUUCGAUCAAAUUCGGUUCGAUCAUAUCUCCAGGCAAACAAUUAUCGAUCAAAUGUAAGACGAGUCGUUGCCGUUAGACGAGGUCCAAAUGGUGUACGAACCAAUACAAUAUUAAGGUCAACAGCCGGUUCUCCUUUAGCACCAUCAACAAUUUCAUCAUCAUCAGAUCCAUUAGCAAGCCAACCAAAUCAAUCACAGCCUACAAGUUAUCGGAUCUCUCGCAUUGUACCAUCAUCAUCAUCAACAGCAGUUCCAACAACAAUAACAACAACAACAGUUCAACCUACAACAACAACAUUAGCACCUCCAACAGUCCUACGAACUGAAAGAGUUCAUAAAUCAUCUCGUCCACUUCCAGCUGAUACCGAUGGCGAUGGUGUUCCCGGUGAGUCGGGCAAAGAUUAUCCAACUCAUGUAACGAUCCCAAAAACCUCCUUCUCAUGUGCCAAUGUACCAAAUAACGGUUAUUAUGCCGAUACCGAGGCCUCAUGUCAAGUUGUCCAUCUUUGUCAGUUCGGUACAACUCAAGAUUCGUUCUUAUGUCCAAAUGGAACCAUUUUUAAUCAACAGAAAUUCUCAUGCCAAUGGUGGUACCAAGUUGAUUGUGCCAAUGCUCCAACUUAUUAUGAAUUAAAUGAUAAUUUCCAAUCAGCUCGAAUUAAUCCCUCCUCAUCAUCAUCAACUGGAUCAAGAAAUGCCAAUCAACUUUAAAAAGCGCGAAUUUUUUUUAUAUAAAAUCAUUUUUAUCAAUCAUCUUGAUCAUCAACAAUUAACUUUUUGUUUUAUCCUUUCAACUAAUUAAAUAAAAUAAAAAUAAAAAUAAUGAAACUAUGAUUUGUUGUUGUACAUUUCAUAGGGCAUCUCACCAAGUUUUCAACAAGUUUUUCUCGAAUAACUUUUUUGUUUUUGAGCGUUGAGGCCCCAAACUCGAGUUAUGGUAGUUUAGGUCAUACUCAAUUGUCAUAUUAAAAUGUCAAGGUCAUUCCGGUCAUUCUGCUAGGAUACGGUUUCAAGGUCAUUUGGGGGUCACAAUCGAAUUAACUUGCAAUCAUUAGGCUCCAUACGAGUUUACAACUUUUGGACAUUAUUAUAUGAUUGCCGGAAUUAAACGUUGUUGAAACCAAACGGAAUGACUAAAUUUAUUCAGUUUUCGCUAAUGUGUUUUCUCAUUAUCAUGGUUAUCGAAGCUCUUCCGCUCGAUAAGUUUGUUUAUUUACCUAUGAGUUUACAUAAAAUCGACGUAAAAAAGGUAACAAUUUAGUUUAAUUUAGUUUAAUUUCUACUCUAGUUGUUUAAUCAUCUACUAGAUGUAGUUAGUUUAAAUUGCACAUUUAUACAUAACUGUUAAUUUUUAAUUUGUCUUUCAGUUGACAUCAGUCAUUUUUUUUUAAAUUUUUAAAAUGAAUUUUAAAUUAUUUGUUUUUAUUGUAUCUUUUCUAAUUGUUUUCCCUCUCCCUUCCAUUCAUGAUCCUCACCAUCAACAACCAAAGCAACAACAAAGUGAAAAUGAAUCCUCUGAAUCGACCACAAAUGCUCCUACAACAAGUGGUCAAGAAUCAGGACCUGCUCCUCAACAUCCGGUCAAUAUGACCGGAAUGACCUUGAUAUUUUAAUAUGACAACUGAGUAUGUUUGAAACUAUCAUAACUCUAGUCUGGGGUCUCAACGCUCAAA